GAUUAUUACGGUAAAAAAGAGAUGGUGCGGGGCAAUCAUAAUUAUUUCUAAGCUUUUUAUUCCGUCAUUGCAAAGUACCAUAGGUUAUUUAUUUGAAAUCAGGAUGACAAAAUGCUCUUAUAAUUUUCAAUAGUAUUAAUAAUAAUAAUUAAUAAUCAGCAAGAUUUGUUGUUUCACUUCCAUUUCGAUACAGAAUCUAGCAAAGCAUUUUGAGCUCAAUUUAUUUACAGAACUUUUUUUUUGUCAGGAGAACAAUGGUAAAAUACAGCAACAUGGAUUAAAACACAUUCUACGUUUCAGGUUACUGCGCUAUAUAUAAACAUAGGUAACCCGGAUAAUUAUAACCAGGUGAAGGCUACCUCAGACACAUUUAAUUUGAACCGCAAGGGAAGGAAAAACUCAUCUUAUGUGGAACUAUGAAAGGCUAUAUCUUUGGUCUAGUGGCAGAAUGAUGAUUUUGUAAGGAGAAAUGGAAAUAUAUGUGGAUUCCUGUCCCCAGAACAUCACGGAUGUUUUAGAGUCGUCCUCCAGGCUGGGAUGUGGUCAGGAUAAGUACGGGAACGAUCAGUAUCUCUGUAUCCCUAACACGGACAAAACAGGGCUUAUAGAACUGUGUUACAAUGGAACCAUGGGAUUAAUAAAAAGAGGCAACUGUUUGGAAACCGAUGGAGAAAAUCUUCACUGGAACAACUGCCUUGGAUUUUUAUCAGGUUGUCCUGAAAAGGAAUAUCGAAGCAAUGAAAUAUACCAAUAUUCUGCAUGUCAAAACAUCAAUUCACGGCACAAUUGCUAUCUAGCUGAAUCAUCAUGUCCUAAUAUCACAUUAAACACUACUUCAAGCAACAGCGCACUGGACGUGCAACCAACAAUACCCCCUCCAGAAACAUCUCAUGUAGCAGAGAUUGUGGGCGGUCUAGUUGCCUUCCUCUUCAUACUAGUUGUUAUUCUAAUAUUAGCUGUCGUUCUUUGGAGAAGAAAAAAGAGUCAGAAAAACGAUACAAAAGAACUUAUCUCAAUUGAAGGUAAAGAGUUGUUGCUAGCAAAGGUGGAUGGAACUCUAGAUAAGGCCAGAACACCAAAGGAAAAUCGUUACAAUGUUCCAAGACAAAUAGAGCCGUCUUUUCAUGAAGAUGAUACCAGAGAUGAAGCUAAAGAGUUGUUGGAAGAAAAGGUGGAUGAAACGUUCCCAGAUCAAUUAGAGCGUAUUUACCUGGGUGAUUACAACACAUGGAAGCUUUUGGGUCUGAAUUUAUUCAAUUAUCUCUACAUAACUGUUCCCCUCACAAAUAUUAACCGUAAUACUUCCCCUAAAAAGGAACUGUGCUCAACCUAUCAGUUCUACACACUGACUAAUGACGAGGUGUCAGUGUUAUUCUGUUUUCUGUGUUCUGACUCUGGUCCUCCUGACUUCACUGACACAGAGUGGCUGGACAUGCUUAAUGUGAUACGAGGGUUAGUGUACCGUAAACAGACGGUGUACGGUAAAGAGAAUCCUGUGACACGUGAGGGAGCACAGCAGACUCUGGACAGACUGAAGUCACGUGAUUUCCUUUGGGAAGAUCAGGACAAGAUAACGAAGGACACAAAGGAUGAGACAAUGUAUAGGAUAGCAUCAAUAACGAGUUAUAUACAAUUCUGUUACAGUAGUUAUGACACAGCCAGUGUGUACCUGAGAUCAAAGAGAUACAACAGAGAACCUGGAGAGAAGUGUGUCCGUGGUGACUGGACUAUCUGUGACCACUUACUGAUACGCCGUCUACAGAUGAACAUACUGACUCACGUCACCAUGGAGGACACGAGUAUAUAUGAUAAGAUAAACAAGAUAUUGAACAUUCCAGUAAAUAAUUUAAUGAGCAGCAAAGAUAAACGAGAAGAAUUUCUAAACGAUCUAAAAAAGGAAGGGGAAUCUGUAUACAGCAGGAAUCAAACACGUAACGGUGUAGAUCACGUGACGUGGCCCUGGAGAUACGGAGAUUACGCUAGACCUGACAUCGUGAGAUCCUGUAUAGGUCUACAUCAACACUGGGACAUUUACAUCAUCGACAACAAAGCUUACAGAAAACCAAGUAAGAAGGAAACAAGAUUAUCUUUCCAGAAAAUAUCACCUCUCUGGCUUCAAUAUUAUUAG